GUAGCUCCCGGCCCUCCUCCUGACGUCCGGCUCAGACAAUGGGUGAACUGGCUCUUCAGCACCGGAAGUGAAUGUCUCAGGUUUCUUCGCACAUUCCUCCGCGGCGGAAGGGGAGGUGGCACUGCCCUCGUUCCCCCCUGCCGCGCCGUGGGGUGCGCUGAGGGCCGGUGGGCCGAGCUGUGUGUGUCUUGGGGAUGCGGCAGGAGUGCCUCCGGGAGCGGCGCGGCUGGGAGGUGGCCGGAUCCUCAGCGCUGGCAGCCGCCUCUCUAGCGGCGUGGCGGAGGGACUACUUUUUGGAUCGGAGAGCAACACAUCAUCUCACUUCCGGGGGAGGGCUCAAAGAAAGACGCGUAAUUUCCGGCGGGCUGGAAAGCUACUGAGAGGGGCUCGGUGAGGGGGGAAGCAACCCAAGGGACGGGAUCACAACACUCGGAAUUGACUGCCUCCACCACCCUUUACCCUUCCCUGCGGCCGUCCCGCCUGGCAGCCGCCGCCGGACGAUGCGCCUCUGCCCCCGUCUGAGCCCCGCCGGCCGCCCCUGAGGGCCCCCCGGCCGUUCCUCUUCGCCCUGCCCCGCCGCGGCCCUCGGUGCGCUCCCCGCCCUCCCCCUGCGGCCAUGUCGGGGGGCGGCGGGUCGCGCUAUGCGGCCGAGUUUGUACCCCCGCCUGAGUGCCCCGUGUUUGAGCCCAGCUGGGAGGAGUUCAGCGACCCGCUCGGCUUCAUCGGGCGCAUCCGCGGCCUGGCCGAGAAAACCGGCAUCUGCAAGAUCCGGCCCCCCAAGGACUGGCAGCCUCCAUUUGCAUGUGAAGUACAAAGUUUUCGUUUCACUCCACGAAUUCAGCGGCUGAAUGAACUAGAGGCAAUGACAAGAGUGAAGCUGGACUUCUUGGAUCAGUUAGCAAAGUUCUGGGAACUCCAAGGAUCCAAUUUAAAAAUUCCUGUGGUGGAGAGAAAAAUACUGGAUCUCUAUGGUCUGAGCAAGAUUGUUGCCAGCAAAGGAGGCUUUGAAGUAGUCACUAAAGAGAAGAAAUGGUCUAAAGUGGCAAGUCGGCUUGGCUACCUCCCAGGAAAAGGCACAGGGUCAUUACUCAAGUCUCAUUAUGAAAGAAUCUUAUACCCCUAUGAGCUCUUCCAGUCUGGGGUCAGCCUCAUGGGCAUCCAGAAGCCAAACUUGGAUAUUAAGGAAAAAGUGGAGGCUGAGGACCUCAGCUCAGAUGCCCAGGCUUCCCCAAAGCAGGCUUCAAGAAUGAACGUUGUGCUGAAGAGAACCAGGCGUGUCAAAUCCCAGGCAGAGACAGGAGAAAUGAGUAGAAAUACUGAACUGAAAAAGCUGCAGAUCUUUGGAGCUGGACCUAAGAUGAUGGGACUGGCACUGGGAGCAAAGGAUAAAGAGGAUGAGGUGACACGGAGACGCAAAGGAACCAGAUCAGAAGCAUUUGUGCACAAAAAUAUGGCUUGA